UGCAGACGUGGGAUUUUGGAAGUCGAGGGUUGUGGCUGAGGGUAAGUGACAACAGAAACUGACAGCGACUGCUCUUAAAGCAGCUACAAAAGACCGAAUUCAUCUUUCGGCGUUGAUUUUUUUUCUGUUCAGGGUGACAUCACUGGAAUAACUUAAUAUGAGUGAUGAUAAACCGUUCCAGUGUACUGCUCCUGGCUGUGGACAGAGGUUCACAAAUGAAGACCACUUGGCCGUCCACAAGCACAAACAUGAGAUGACACUAAAGUUUGGCCCAGCGAGGAACGACACUGUCAUCAUCGCUGACCAGACGCCAACGCCUACACGCUUCCUGAAGAACUGUGAGGAGGUCGGGCUUUUCAACGAACUUACAAGUCCCUUUGACCAUGACUUUAAAAGAGCAGCUGAAGAUGACAUUAAAAAGUUACCGCUGGAUUUGUCACCACUGGCGACACCUAUUAUACGCAGCAAACCAGAGGGAGCCGCUGAUUCAGAGGCACACCGUGUUAGUCCACUCCCUCAUCCUGAAUCGACAACAAGUGACGAUAAGGACUUAUCUUUGCAGCCAGCCUCAAUGCCAACAUCUACUAUAGUCCAUCCUGCGUCCCUCCAAGUUCCCAAUGUACUUCUAGCAACCUCAGAGGCUAAUGUUGUAAUACAGCCAGCUCUCCCAUCGCCAACAUCUAGCUCUGUUAUUACCCAAGUACCGUCCAGUAAUAGGCCUAUAGUCCCAGUGUCUGGCACCUUCCCUGUGCUCCUACAGCUGCCUAACGGUCAAACCAUGCCAGUUGCUAUUCCAGCAUCUAUUACAAGCUCAAGUGUACAUAUUCCAACUACAAUUCCUCUUGUCAGACCUGUCACCGUCGUGCCUAACGUCCCAGGGAUUCCAGGACCUCCUUCACCACAGGCACAAUCUCAACCACAGCCACUGCCUCAGCCACAGUCCGUCCAAUCAGAAGUAAAGCUGAAACUAAAAGCCACAUUAAGCCAGCAGCUUCCUCAGGUAGCCAAUGGAGAUGGCAGUGAAAUUCAGAGCAGUGCGGUCACUCACACUCCUGCUCCUCCAUCUCCUGCCCCGACUUCAGCUCCUGCUCCUGUUCCUGCUCCUGCUCCUGCUCCUGCUCCUGUUCUUGUUCCUGUUCCUGUUCCAGCUCCUUCUCCGUCUCCGUCUCCAGUUCCAGUCCCAACCACAACUGCAGUCCUGACCGCUGCUCCAGCUCCUCACCUUCCUCCAACAGAGACACCGUCACCUCAUCCUCUUCAGCAGCCAGCCACCUCCACCACAGAGACCCCUGCUUCCCCAGCCCCCCCUGCUCAAAACCCUCCAAGCACCGGCGGUCGGCGGCGCAGAACAACAUCCGAAGACCCCGAUGAGAAGCGGCGCAAGUUCCUGGAGCGUAACAGAGCGGCGGCCUCUCGCUGUAGGCAGAAAAGGAAGGUGUGGGUCCAGUCCUUGGAGAAGAAGGCCGAGGACCUGAACUCCGUGAAUGGACAACUACAGAAUGAAGUCACCCUGCUGAGAAACGAAGUGGCUCAGCUGAAGCAGCUUCUUCUGGCUCAUAAAGAUUGCCCUGUAACCGCCAUGCAGAAGAAAUCUGGCUAUCACAUUUCAGACAAAGACAUAAGCGUGGAGGACAUGUCCGUCCCCAGCAGCCCCCAGAACGAGGCCAUCCAGCACAGCUCCAUCAGCACCUCCAACGGCGUCACCUCCGCCUUCACGGCCCCGGGCGUCUCAGCGGCGCCCAGCGCCUCCACAACGGCCGCCGUCACGUCCAACCAGAGCACAGAGGAGAGUCAGCCACGGAGGGGCGCCACCAACACUCAGCCUACAGGAAGUUGAUUGUCCAAACACACGCAGCGUCCUCUUGUGGACACUGGAGCUCGGCCUCCUGGACUGAGGGAAGAGAUUCUCCGGCAGUAUUUUUAAUUUAUUCCUAAUUUAUUAUUAAUGUUUGGUUCAUGAUUCACUGUAUUCUUUGUAGGUGACGAUGAAGAUAAGAAAUGUUUCAUGGGUAAUUGAUGAAGAUAAAAAGAGGAUGCACUUUAGGUGUAAGAUGUAAAACACGUUGGUCUUAAAUGUUUUUUGUACUCGUGUCGUGACUUAUUUAUGAAAGUUUGUUAUUAUUUUUGCUCAGCCAUAAAGUUUGGUUGGUGAAAUGCUGGAGACUUUACCAAAGUGUGCUGAAGUGGCUCAGUGACCAUUACAUUUUCUUCUUCCAUUAAUUUACUUUUAUGCACAAUUUAUUUAUUGGGUCCUAAAGAUAAUUUAAUUUUUUUUAAAUCUUGAAUCUUUUUUAAAGAAAUAUUUUUCUUUAUGCACUUUUUAAGAGAACGACAGGUUUGAGUGACACUUCUGUCCUGUUCACAAAUUUAAUGCUGUAACGUUACAUCAGUGAUUCAGAUUUUUUUUUUUCAAGGUGAAAUCAGCCGUAGAUUUCUUGUAUAUUCUGAAUGUGUGAACUCACCUCUGUUUGUAAACUUCAUGGACGCUCCAUCAGCGGUCUGGUCGUCCUGAAGCAGUGAUUGUAGGAUGUUCGUCAAUCAUCGUGACUUUGACUGGAUUCAGUGCCAUUCAUCUUUUUGUACAAAGAAACUUCUGAACUUUUUUAUGCCGUUUAGUUCAAAUUUUCAUAUUUCCUCAGUAGAGACAGUCUUUUUCCUGCUCUUUGAUCUGCCUUUGGUUUAGAAGUGACUACGCUGUCAGAACUCUUUAGGACUUGUCGGCUGGUUUUCAUGUCUAGAUGAGGUUUUUAGAAAAACGCUGUAAAUACCAUCAGGAAGUACAGUACACGGUAUACAAACAUUGAAGGUAUUCUGUACUUUGUCUUCUUAAAGGAAUACUUUCUUGAACAUCAACACUGUUAAAGACUGACUGUUAAAACAUUAGUCAGUCAGUUCAAGUGGAAUCACAGGGAACAGGAAGAAAAACUUUGUCAGAAUCUGGUCUUUUCAUUGUUAUAGUUAUUUAGAAAGCAAAUUACACCAUGAAGUCAAUUUGCAUUUCCUCUUAGUCUGUACUGGCUUACUACUGUGUAGUUUUUACAAGACGCUAACGCCUACGUUUCCUUAUUUUUCUCCAGUAUGUAUUUACUGUUUUGUGCAUCUGCAUGAGAUAACGAUUCUCCGCGAGAAUUUGACCGUCUGUUCAAUAAGGUCUCAGUCAGAUGAAAAGUAAACAAGUUGUUUCAACUUGACUUGGUGGUUCUUGAGUUUCGCGAUAGCCUUUUUUGAUAUCAUGGAUCUUGGUUUCAGUGCUUAUACAGGGGUGUGAUACUGUGUUGAAGUCGUACUUGUAACUUGUGGAAGUUCUGUAUAAACUUUGGAUUGAUAAGUUGUUGUAAUAAAUCUUUUAAUAUCUCUUUAAAAA